UCGCGAGAUCAUCUUUAUUCAUCUUCCCACUUCACAUGUGAAGGCCGUUCAGUAUUCAUCAUGGCGUCGCAGCCGUUACCGCCGUCGCGCACAACGAGCGUUGGACCUUCCAGUGCAGGCGGCAUGGGCGCUCCUCCCCCAAAUGCGCCAGGCGGCGCGGGCGGCCAGAACAACCAACAGCAGAAUCUGAAUCAAAUAGUACUUGAAUAUCUCUCUAAGAAAGGGUACAGCCGUACCGAGGCCAUGCUCCGCAAAGAGAGUGCAAACACCGACGCCAACGGCAACAUCGUCGCCACCUCGAUAGAUGAAAUCGGCGGCAAGAAGUAUGGGCGCGCUUUCGACCUCGUCACCAACUGGAUCGACAACGUCUUGGACAUCUACAAGCCAGAGCUGAAGCGUCUACUCUGGCCACUCUUUGUGUACUCCUACCUGCAAUGCAUCGGCGAGUUUUAUUCUCGAGAUGCAGAGGAAUUCUUCACACGUUUUCGGAGCCACUUCGAGCGCGAAAAUCCAGAUGAUUUGCGAGCGCUCUCCAAAUUGUACGAGCCGGAGCACGCGCAGGACAACGCGGUCGCGGACCUGUAUCGCAACAACAAGUACCGCCUGACACUUAGCAACAUGGCUUUCCAAACGCUCAUGAUGCACUUGGAGAGCAAAGAUAACGAAGGCGGCAAGGUCAUCACCCAUAUCAUCUCACAGAAUUUGGAUGUGCGCAUAGUGGAUCGCGCCGCUGCCGGCACUGAGCGGAGUCUGGCGAAAAUGCUAGCAACCCGAGACGGGCAAGAAGACGUGCCGGCAGAGGACGAAGGCAUUCCUGGUCAUAAUCCCGGAUCUGCCAACCUCGACCCCAAGGCACCUUCAGUACUGUCAAAGCUUGCUCUUGGUCCACUACCCAUGGAGAAUGACUUGCUGGAGGACGUCAAGGCAGAAUUGCAAGAACAUGACGCAGCACAUCCGCCCGGGGCAGGCCAAAACUCUCUGAUAGAUGAGUUUGAGCAGCGCAUAAAGCGCGAAGAGACUGCUGACGCGGCACCAUCUCGAGAUACACUCCCUUUCCCACCUUCCACGGCACGAGACGUGGCUAUGGAGGUGCAGAGGGUCAAGGAGAACCGUGACCGCUUCCGCAUCGAAGACAAGACUGGCGGCGUCGGGCCUGGUGUGAGCGUGACAAUGUUCACAUUCCACAACACUUAUGACAGCGUCAACUGCAUCGAAUUCUCCGGCGACAAUUGCCUCGUCGCCAUCGGAUCGGCAGAGUCAUAUAUCAGAGUCUGGUCACUGGAUGGGCAGACUCUGACUUCACCUACUGACCCUCCGAACUUCCAGCCAUCUUCGUCACGGCGCUUGAUCGGACACUCCGGCCCAGUCUACGGGCUUUCGUUUUCGCCAUCGAUUGCUAUUCCAGAACCACAGACGAAUGGGCAUACGAACAACUCGACUUCAUCAGACUCGCGCCCAAGAUACUUACUAUCUUGCUCAGCGGACUGCACUAUCCGACUGUGGUCAUUAGACACAUGGACAAACUUGGUGGUCUACAAAUCCCACAAUCUGCCUGUCUGGGACGUCCGCUUCUCACCGUAUGGCCACUACUUCACAUCAUGCUCUGCAGACCGAACAGCUCGACUCUGGAGUACGCCGCAGAUUGCACCACUACGGCUCUUCGUUGGGCACGACUCGGAUGUAGACACAGUGGCAUGGCAUCCGAACAGCGCGUACAUCUUCACGGGAUCGGGUGCGCCAGACAGGACAGUGCGCAUGUGGGACAUCUCAAGAGGACAAGCUGUGCGUAUCUUCACCGGCCACGUUGGCAACGUCACUGCUCUUGCGUGCUCGCCGAGCGGGAAGAUUCUCGCCAGCGCCGACGAUAGAGGAGAGAUUCUGCUCUGGGACCUAGCUCGCGGUCGCUUGGUGAAGCGCAUGCGUGGACACGGUCGAGGCGGAAUCUGGAGUCUGGAUUGGAGCAUCGAGUCGAGCGUGCUCGUCUCUGGCGGCGCGGACGGAACUGUCCGUGUCUGGGACGUGCAGCCCAACAAGGAAGGCCAAGGCAAGGUCGUAGGCGAAGGUGGAGCGGGUGCCAAGAUCGAUGGCGCGGCAACAGGAGGUGCUGUCGCGAAAGGCAAGUCCAAGAAGGACGUCGUGGUAUCACCCGACCAGAUCUCGGCUUUUCCGACCAAGAAGAGUCCGGUCUACAAGGUCGGCUUCACACAGAUGAAUCUGGUCGUUGCGGGCGGUGCUUAUCUGCCUUGAGCCUGGUCCCAGGACGAGCAUACAGAAGCUGGCAUGAAAUACAAUUGAGGUAUUAGCAAGGCGUUAUCGGGGUGGGUAAAACUACGAUACCAUUGACAGAGAUGGUCAGACAAUGGACUUCAAUUGAUACCAGCCACACCUCUGCUCACGUCACUGCUCGUCAAGACUUACUCUCAUGCUGAUCUCGCUCGCGCAGCCACUUCGAUCUCGAGACUCUUCGCAUAUGUGGCUGUGAUCGUGAUACCAGUAAUUGUGGCUGAGCAACCGCAUCAGAUAACAGUUUAUCCGCACUCUGCACACCAUCCCGAGUCAAGCUGACGCUGUUCUCUAUUUCCAUUCGCAAUGGUCUAACUGAUUUGGUACAGAGAUCUACUCGAUAUCAAGCCUUGUGUCAAGUUUCAAGCAUGGUAUGACGUUGUUCGACAGCGAGAAAUUCGGACCCUGAAUUCGUUUCCAGCAAUCCUUUGGCCAGGAUUCCAACUUCGCGUCCACACCACCACGACACCUGCGCAGCCCUGUC